CUCAGCUUUAGCGCUUCGAUAUCUGGCAGCCAUCGCGAUCAUGGUGUAGGACAGAGUUUGGAUGUUGAGGGCGGUGCCAUGAGUGCAGGCUGUGUCAGCGUCGAUUGGUUGUGGCUGAGUGGCUGUGCGACGCCGCAGAUGCGACCGACUGCAACGUGCAGCAACAGCGACCAGCUUGCCCACCUCCACGCCCCCUGUGACGAUGUUAUGAUCUUUAGCGAUUUGUUUGCGUACGACGACAUCUAGACACCGCCAUGGACGAUCUCAAUGGCCUUGAUUGGUCACAGCCCGCCAAACAGCCGGCAGGCACCCCCGCGGCGUUUCCUCCCUUCCGCCAGAACCACACGCCGCAGCUCUCUGGCCGCUCUACACCUCUGUCUGGGCUAUCUGGGCUGUCUGGGCAAUCGGGACAGCAGUCUGGAGGUGCACAGCAGGCCAAGCCGUUCAAAGCGCUCUCGAAACCCGCGACCCCCGCGAACGACAGCUUCGCAGGCUUAGUCUCGAGCAAGAGCACGAAGCCUGCGGGAAGUGGCCUCUCGUUGCAGGAACGGCAAAAGCAGCUGCAGGAGGAGAAGCUACGGCAGGAGGCAGAGCGGAGGAAGCAAUAUGACGCGAGCUUUGGGGGUGCCGAUUCGCAGUUCUGGAAUAAUGUAGGGACCGGGAAGAGCACGCCAGAGCCCUCGACGUUGGGUGUCAUUCCUCCGCCUGGCUCGAACAACCCCUUUAGCAAGCAGACGCUGUCGCAAACUAUCAACAGGCCAUUUGCCGGCCUCGACACCACCUCGACGCGCCCCAUACAAUCUCCUCCCGGUGAGGACGACCUGCUCGCGGCCUUUAAUAAAGCAGCCCCAGUCGACAGGUCGAGCCACUUCCCUCCUCCUUCCAAUGGCAGCGGCCGAAGCACUCCGGUCUUCAGCGCAACCGCUUCGAGGGGCCACACGCCUCUUCCACAGUCGUCCAAUUUGAACGCUUUCGCAGACGCUGCCGACGACGACGACAUGUUCGGACUCAAGCAGAUGGCUCAGAAGUCAGCUUCACCGGCUCCACCGCCACCCACCAGCGCCGACGAUGACGACAUACUCGGGCUGCUGGGGAAGCCUGUCGAGGAGUUCAAGAGGGAAGAGCCAAGGCUAGUGACAGAGGAGCGACAACCGGAGGCACCGCGAGAGAGAUCCUCGAGUCCCAUGAACGCCCACGACAGGGCUGUUGCUGAACUCGUAGACAUGGGGUUCUCAGCAGAUCAAUCUGCCAUUGCACUUGCGACCACCGAUUCCGGACUCGACGUACAAGCGGCUGUAGGGUAUAUCCUGAACCAAGCGCACGCAAAGACCAAGCAAAGAUCACAAGAGCCGAGCCGAGACAGCUCGCGGCGAAGGCCUGAUGAGUUUGAGGACCGCCCCAGACGAGGCAACAGCAGACCCGGUGCCAGGGAGGGAAGGGGCAAUGAGCCCGUGCCGGCUUGGGCGCGGGGUGAUGAUGCCCGCAGCCGCUCUGGCCAGCGUCGACAUAACGGGCAACAGCAAGAGAAGGACGUCGCACAGGUUGCCUCAGAGAUCGGAAGCAACCUGUUCAAGUCGGCCAACUCGCUGUGGAAGCAAGGUCGCAAACAGGUGCAGAAGGCUGUGUCUGACUUCCAGCAAGAUGGUGGUGAUCCGAACAUGCCGAAAUGGAUGCGUGAUGCACAGGCAGCUGAGGCAGCUCCAAAGACAACCAGACCGCAACGCAACGACGCUAGCGCAACUGACGAAGCCAUGAUGCUAGAAGCCGGAGGACGUCCCAGCAAGCCGGCUCGUCAGAGCCAGCGACCUGACGAACUGCCUGUGCGGCAGAGGCGAGAGCAGGAAAUGUCUCGUAACGGCCUGCCUGACAGGAUGUCUUCACAAUCUCCGGCGCAGUGCCAGCCUACACCGAGCUUUGCAAAGAGGCCUGCAGCGCGUUUGACUAGGCAAGACCUGGAAGAGCAAAGCGCUCAAGCAUAUGUCAGCCCUGCGCGCCGGAAGAAUGCAACACCACAGCCUCAGCCGGAAGUCGAUCUGUUCUCACCCGAGCCAACACCGUCAGCACCUAAAGUGCGCCAAUCAGUGACGACUCAGUCGAACAACCCCUUCCUUCAGACAUCCUCAACACCCAAAACACGAACGCCCGCUCGCACACCAUCUCCGCCUAGACCGAAAGCACCACCUCGGAGAAUACCCCCUGCCCCUUCAUCUGCACUCAGCACAUCUGCUAGGGACCGUCAGAAGGGGUCAGAGGCUUUCAAGCGUGGUGAUUAUUCCGCUGCUCAUAUCGCCUACACGUCUGCUUUGGGACCCCUGCCUGAUACACAUCCGGUCACCAUCAUCGUACUCUGCAACCGAGCUGUGACUAACAUCAAAGUCGGGGAUCCGAAAGCAGCAAUCGUAGAUGCCGAUGCUGCUUUGGCCAUUAUUGGUGUCUCCAAAGGUGAUGGCGAGAAGAUAGCGUCGGGCGGCGCCGAAGGCGACAAAGACAUGAAAGAGUUCUACGGCAAGGCGCUGAUGCGCAAAGCCGAGGCUCUCGAGCACAUGGAGAAAUGGGCGGAUGCGCACAAGGUCUGGAAAUUGGCUGUUCAAGAUGGAGUCGGCGGUGCAGUCAGUAUCUCUGGUCGUAACCGGUGCGAAAAGGCGGCCGCUGGCGGUAACAAUGAUUCCACGCCACCACCUGUCAAGCGCCCGCCUGUCCGGAAGCCAGCGUUGAAGCCCUCUGCGAUGUCAGAUCUUGGUGGCAAUGCGCCUGAUUCGGAGGCUGUAAAGAGGCUGAAGCUUGCUAACGCGGCAGCUGAGAAGGCCGACGAUGAGAAGUUCGCUCUUGCUGAUCAGGUCGACGCGAAGCUCGUGGCAUGGAAGGGUGGCAAGACUGACAAUCUACGCGCGCUCCUCGGAUCUUUGGACAAUGUGCUCUGGCCUGAGGCGGGGUGGAAGAAGGUCGGCAUGGGUGAUCUUGUGAUGCCGAACAAGGUCAAGAUCAAUUACAUGAAGGCGAUUGCCAAGGUGCAUCCUGAUAAGAUUCCUCAAUCUGCCACCACAGAGCAGAAGAUGAUUAGCGCAUCUGUAUUUGCGACACUGAACGAGGCUUGGGACAAGUUCAAGGCCGACAACAAUCUCUGAUCCCAGUCGGAUCGAGGGCCAUCGAGUCAUACGGAAGAUGCGCGCCAUAGGAAGCGUGCCUUGAGUCUUCAUGAGCUGGAAACAUAUAGACGCAUGAUACCUACCUUCAAUCUACUUGUUCUGGCUGA